AAACGCCGCUGCCGCUUGCCGCCUUAACGCCUGCGAUGCGAGCGAGUGCGUUGCGUUCCCAGUUGCAUCCAACGUGCGUGUAGGACGAAAGGUCCGAAGGGUGGUAGUUGCGGUGUGAUGUGUGGAGUGCGUAAUGAACACAAAUAUUUGCGCAUGAUAUUAUUUUUAUAGAGAAGACAUACAAAACAAUGCUAUUUUUAUACGGAACAUAACAGUACAAAAAAUACGAUAGUACAAAUAACUUGAUACCCAAUCUCAGCGAUAUUCAGGAUACCAGUUAUGACAAUAAGGACAUCUUUAAUUCCAUUAUACUAUAACCGUACGAGGACAUCAAAAUGAUUCGGAGUUAGCGAAACUUCAGUGCGACAAUGAGUGAAACUCUAAGUCAAGACCCAGAUGGAUUGGGUGCUGUUUAUACAACGUUAGUACCGACUUACCCCCCAACGCCGGCUACACCGAGUUCGACGGUACAAGAUGCGCCGUCCGGGGCAAAUUUGCCCCCAUUCUCAACUACGUUCACUUCAGAUGUCGACUCGGGUAGUACCUUCAGUUCCAUGCCGGAUAGGCUGUUCAGCGAUAGCCGGUUAUUAGACAUCUCCAACUGGGACUACUACACUGAAGCUAGGUUAUUGGACCGGGGCGACAGUUCUUUAGCGAUAAUCAGUUCUCAACCUCAGUAUAGACCAUGGGAAUCCAAAUCGAUAGAUACGUCCACUUCUAGUUACACUUCAACAACUCCAGCUACUAGUGUUGCAGAUGCGUUCAGUCCUUCAGCAAACUCUGCUUCGAAACUUCCUUCAUUCCAGUCUCAGUUUCAAGCAUUCAGCGAAGUUGUCACAACGAGUGAUACGACUUUGACGACUCUUACGAAUUUAACUCCGGUUUCGCCGAACUCCUCGAGUCCUCAAACCCAUUUGACGACGUUGAACUCUAAUUUCCACGCCUUGAGUGCCGUGAAUCCAAGAAACUACCCUUUAGUGCCUGCUCCUAUCCAAGCAAGAGAGAUACCUUCCAUCCAACAGCAAUUCUUAGACGAAAGGCAUAUACAGUUGUAUUCGCAUCCUACUCCUGCCAAUAUUACGCUCAAUAGUACCUUGCAUCCUACCUUUUUGAAUAACCAGAACGGAGCUAUCAUCCAAAGCAAUCAAUUGAUCUCUUCGCCAACUGUUGUCACCGUGAUAAAAUCCGAACCAGAUUUGAAGCUUUCACCUCUUCAUCAAGACUCUUUGAAGCUCCAGAAUAUAGGUUUGCAUCCAACGCAGUUUCAGAACCCCAUGACACAACUGAACAGUGAUAGUGGGUUGUAUAACGGUAUAGAGAAGAAAAUCAACGGAAACGCCACUUCCCCGACCCGAAACGACUUCCGGAAAAAAGAGAGAAGGAAAAUUCGUACCUCCAGUCUGGAAAGUUCUGUGGACAGCGACGGUACGUCGAGUACCAUGGACAUUUGCUCGGAAAAUUCUGGACAAGUGGCCGCCAUCUCGAGUACCGCGGGUUUCAAAUCGCACCAAAUGCACGCGAAUAGUUCGGUCGAUAUGGACACUGACAUUAGCGGCGGGAGCGUUGACAAGCAGGUGAAGAAGAAACGGAAGCGGUGCGGAGAGUGUGUCGGAUGCCAAAGAAAAGACAAUUGUGGUGAUUGUGCUCCAUGUAGGAACGACAAGAGCCACCAGAUAUGCAAGCAGAGGAGGUGCGAGAAGCUCACCGAGAAAAAGAAUAUGUAUCAAGACGGAUUCCUACGUGGUGAAUCUCGGAGAGGGAGGGGAAAAGGCAGAGGUGGAUCGAGUUACCGAGGACGAAAACCUACCGUAGCCCCAUUGGGUGGUGGCGGCAAUACGAUAGGAGCACCAGAAAACAGUGGUACUUCCACGCUAGUACCUCAGGCUCAAUCCGUCAGACCUAGUCCUCAAUCGUUACCAGUGCAGCAACCCAUGCCUGUCCAACAGCAACCAAUGGGUCCGAUGCCUUUUUACGCAGAUCCGAAUAGAUUUACUACCCCAGUUUGGCAGACCGACCCAUCUCAAGGAUGGACGCAGAGCCAGUUCAUCCAGCAAAUCCCAGCAGCGGCCAGUCAACCAAUAGAAGCCUACCAGCAAUACCCGAACGGUAUAUACCAAGCUACCUACCAGCAGCCAGCUUUCGAAACCAACACUUUUUAUACAACUGGACCAGUACAGGUGCUGACCAAUCCACGUCCGCCCAGCACCCCAAAUUCACAGGUGCAGCAGUUGGGUCCACCCCGGCCAAAUUCCAACUACUCCCACACUCCUAGUCCCAGUCCUGCUCAACAGCAGCAACAGAACAAUAACAGCCGCCAAUACCAAGAUUACAAUAUAUCUCAGCAGCAAAUUACUCAGCAACAACAGAACGACUCGUCGCAAGCCAAUUCUCGUCCAGCCUCUGUGAAUAAUGGCAAUCCUCCUACCCCAAAUUCAAACUACCAGGCGCAGCAACCGCAAACGCCAUCUCAACAACAACAGCAGUCUCCGCAACAGCAGCAGCAACAACAACAGUCUCAAAUGUCCAAUAGCGCCUUUACCACAAUUGCGAAUUUUAGUCCGAACUCUUCGGCGAGUUACGCAACUACGGGGUCGGGAAACGCACAGCCUGGGUAUCCACAAGUGAACAGCAACAGUCCGCAGCUAGCUUCACACAGCUCUAGUGGUUACUCAGGCCAGGAACAGUUCAGCGGACAGGAGAAUACUGAUUGGCGCAAUGAAAGGCAAAUCAUGUGGGACGAACCCAAAAACGAACAGCAAAAUCAACAAUAUGAAACCAGGAUUCAGGAUUCCAAUCAACCCGAGUUGAAGAAUAGUGAACAACCCGAAAGCCGGACGUUCUCUCAGGCCGAUAAAGUCAAUUUAAACACUCGUAUAAAAACGAUGAUAUUAAAUAAACAGCAAGAAAACAAAGACGAGGCUAAGCAAGUAGAGCAAAACAGUACCGGUCAUUUUUUAUGGUAUAGCCACCAUCACCACUUAACAGAUAGAUUAAGUGAUGAUGGUGGCACCCAAAACCCUAAACUACCCAGACUUGACAAAAUUCCAUCCAUCAACGGGCACCACAGACAUUUUGAAUACAACCCUGACCAUGUGAAACAAGAAUAUAUAACUAAUCGUAAUAUGAAUGGAUUCAUCCCACCAAUGCAUUACUCUAAUCUCAGUACAACUCAAAAUGUUGGUAACUAUGGUGAUCACGAUGUAAAGAAUGAAUGCAAGGAACAGCCUCCAGAAAUAAAGACAUGUGAUCCUAAAAGCAAUAUGAACUACGCUGUGAAUGAUAGGCCUUUGCUAACUGAUAAACCAACUCCGUCUUCGAAUGUCCACUCGUUCAAUGAAAUCCCUACAGGAUCAUGGCCAAAACUUUUCCCUUACCCGAUGUCAGAAUCUCUAAUGACGAGUGCGUUUCAACCCAACGAUAUCCCGAUGCUAACGGAGAAACUGUCAAAAAAGCAAAUGGGGAUGGAAAUUCCAAGUUGCACGUGUUUUCCACCGAAUCAAGUACCGCCUGAGCCAGGUACUUACUAUACGCAUUUGGGAUGUGCAAACGAUCUGAAGAGUUUGAGAUACGAUCUGGAAUGUCGUACUGGAGUACUUGGAAAGGCAAUUAGAAUUGAAAAGAUCAAAUAUACUGGCAAGGAAGGAAAAACUGCACAAGGAUGUCCUAUUGCGAAAUGGGUGAUACGCAGACAAAAUUUGGACGAAAAAUACCUGGUGCUAGUGAAACAACGCAAAGGACAUGUUUGCUACUCAGCAUUCAUAGUAGUCUGCAUGGUGGUUUGGGAUGGUGUCGAGGGAAGCAACGCAGAUGAUCUGUACACCAUGCUCACCGAAAAACUUAACAAAUAUGGCGUGUCAACUAAACGCAGAUGUGCUACAAACGAACCAAGGACAUGUGCUUGUCAAGGGAUUGAUGAAAACACCUGCGGAGCCAGCUUCUCUUUUGGAUGCUCCUGGUCUAUGUACUACAACGGGUGCAAGUUCACCAGAUCUAAAGAAGUUAGAAAGUUUCGUUUGACAGAAAAAAGCGAAGAAACGGUAGUUGAAGAUAAGCUUCAAAAUUUAGCAGAUCUCAUAAGUCCGCUAUACAAAUCCCUCGCUCCCAGAUCCUUUCAAAAUCAAGUGCACUUUGAAGGCAUUGCUCCUCAAUGUAGACUGGGAAUGAAGCCUGGUAGACCGUUUUCUGGGGUUACAGCUUGCGUGGAUUUUUGUGCGCAUUCUCACAAGGAUCUGCAUAAUAUGACCAAUGGAUGUACAGUUGUCGUUAGUUUAACUAAACAUAGAGGUUUGUCUAAACCUGAAGAUGAACAGUUACAUGUCUUGCCGCUCUACAUUGCUGAUGAUACAGAUGAGUUUGGAUCCAAAGAGAAUCAAGAAUUGAAGGUGAAAAAUGGGUGCAUCGAGGUUCUACAAAAGUUUAUUAAAUUGAUAGCACGGUAUUUCACAGGUAUCCCUGUGAAGUACGAACCUGCUCAGUUCCUGCUGAAACUUGCCUCCGACGCAACAAGAAAAGUCCGGAAGCUGGAAAACCUGGUAGAAAGAGGAAAACUCCUACAACUCCAACGUCUUCCCCACUAAAAACAACUACUGAAUCUACCAAUGCUGAAGAGAUACAAAACGGUCAAGUAUCUAGCACAGUACCUGGUUAUCCCAAACCUCAAUGGAGUUAUGAUAACUUCAUGCAUAGUAACAUGUUUUAUUAUAAAAAUGACAUGGGAAACUGUGAUAGCUAUCCGCCAGCUAACAACUUGCCUAGGUUUUCAUUCUUUAAAACGCCUUUCUCAACCAUGAACUCUUACAAUUAUCCUCUCCAUAAUAAUUUUUUGAAAAACGAGUAUUAUUAUAAUGACUGGAAUGCAAACUAUUACCAUCCUCCAAAUCUUGCAACACCGAACAUGAAUCAGUAUGCUUCACAGUUCAGCAACUGUUCUUCCUACCAUACCGGCAACCCUUUUGAUGACGUUUAUACAAAUAAUUUCCUUCAACCUCCUCCAACACCAUCAUUAUCAGUACCUGCAACACCUCCUCCUCUUCCUCAACAACCAGACACAAAACAAAAAGUUGUCAACGUCACUCACACUGACAAUCUCGAAUGCUUCCAAGACAAUCAAAUAGGUGGAGUUGCAAUCGCAUUGCAACAUGGCAGUAUACUUUUUGAGUGUGCCAAACAUGAACUGCAUGCUACUACGGCUCUCAAAAAUCCAAACAGACUCUCGCCAACACGAAUUUCGUUGGUGUUUUACCAACAUCGAAACUUGAAUAAAGCAUAUCAUGGUUUGAAUGAAUAUACCGAGAAAGCGAAGAACAAAUCGGAGGCUACUGAUAGCUCAGAGAAAGUGUCGAAUGAUUCUAAGUAUGACGUUAGUAAUGUUACUAACUAUGAUCUCUUGAUGAGAACGUCUACGUUGCCGACUGUGUCAUUAACGACGAGGUUUCCUAUGUUCCCAUGUAUGAUUACUGGUCCUUUUCAAGAACAAAGAUCUUAAUUUUUGUUUUCAGAAUUGGUUUAGGAUCCUUAAUUUAUUUAGUAGAACAGAUGAGGCUAUUCAACAAACAUUGCUUAGUUUUUGUUGUACUAGGGAAGACUAUAAAAAAUGCAUACCAACAAACUAAAGAGAAAAGCAUUUAAACCAGACUUUAUAUAAUAUCAAGAUCACAAGAAUAAAACAUUUUAAAUUUUAGAAACAUACAUAGAUUGAUACAUACAUUGGUAGUUCAUAUGUUGUAUACCUGUGAAGUUUAUUUGUUCUUUUGUCAACUGCUUUUAAUUUGAUUGACCAGCUACUGUGUCUAUUUCAAUUGAAGUACCCCGCAAUUUGUUUUAUGCCUUUUUAUCUCUUCGAACUAAGAUUUACUUACUUACUAAUGCUACAAAAACAUUAUCCUUUAACAAAAAAAAAUCUAUUUUAAAUAAAGUAUAGCUAGACUGGGUUGAGGUUAGCUAUUUCGUGUUAUUUUUCAUGUUUAUUCUGAAACACAAGACAACACGGUCUGUUUUCAUGUGGAUUAUGGACGUUGUUACUUGAUGAAACUCGUUGAUCAUGCGAGAUUAGUGAAUUUUUGCACUAAUCGAUCACACGAUAUGUUUUAUUAUGCUGCCCACACAAUACCCGGUUUCCCUGUUCGAGUCGCAGUUAUAGUACCGAUCUACAAGACUAACCGUUUGGUAGACACGAACGGGAAAACCGCAUGUGAGUGGUAUUUUUGACAAUCAUGUAACGCAAGUAGAUGUUUUUCCGCUUUUAGUCCUUGAUAUUUAAACUGAACCAAACUUAAUUAUGCAAAAAGUAGCAUCGCGGUAGCUUCAUUUUUACGUACAUUAAAAAAUUAUUCUUUCUAUUUUAAACCACUCACCAAUGAAAGUGUUAUUUUCGGUCUUUUUUUUCAAGAUAUUGGACACUUCUAACUAUUGUAUCUCACACCACAGCACGCUUCUUAGUUUUCUGCCUAUACUUCUCAGUCACAAUAUCAGAUAAAAUCUUUUUACUUUGCCAGUGGCAGAAUGUAUCUUAGAUCACCUACUCUUGCCUACGACUGUCACACAUAAUGAAUAUCAAUAUUGAUUUGCAAGCUUUUAUAAUUCUGAUUAUCCAGUAGUGCCCAAUAUCAGGAGCUGAAACAAAAUCUGAAUAACUUGUUUUGCAUAUAGCAUGCAUGUAUAUAUUUUAAUUAGUUGGUCUUUAUUUUGUUUAUUUCACUUUGAUUAUGUCAUAUUCUCGGUGAAUACUAGUAUCAGCGACAGAUGUUUUACAGAUUCCCCCAAAAAUCCAGUCUCGCCAACAAAGAUCUUGAAUUUCAUGUACAUUUGUGCCAUUACAUGCUCAGUGUAAAUGUACAGUCGAAAAUAAAUGUUUUAUUAUUUUUCAAUUGGAAAAUUGUAGCUUCUAAUUACGUCAUUAGUCAGCCAAUCAAAAUAAAUUUCUCAAGAAUUACAAAAUGCUAUUGUAAUUUCAGCAGAAGCAUCACGAGUGCUUCGUUGGGCAAUAAUAAAUCAAUUUUCACUUAAGACCCAUUUUCCUUACAUCCAUAAAAUAACUCUUGAUAUAUCAAAUUAAUGAAGUUCGUUGAGAUAAGACAUGUUGAAGGUUUCACUUUUUAAAAACCAGUGCCUCUAUGAUCUCAAAUAUUGAUUUUACACUCAAAUCUAAAGUACAAAUACUGCCCAAGCGAAAUAAUAACCCAUCAAUAUGUACGAUUUUCACGUAAACUAACAGUAGCUAAGAGUUUUAGUUGAAUAUAUCAUAGUUUUCCUGUCAUACUUUAAUAUUUUGGAUUUUAGAUUAAGAUAACGUAUGAAAUUUGAUUUGCCGCAAUAUCUGGCAAGUGACGCAUACAUUCUUUCCAUAAAAUGUAUAUACGUUUAGUGGGAAAAUUAACCUUAUAGUCAUGUGUGUGGUACCUAUUGAUUUUACAUACCCUCAAAAAAUUUAAUAUGCAAUGGCACCGGCCCUUCAAUAAAAGAAUAAAGCUUUAGUUUUUAUCAAGAUUGAAGUUCAUUUUGAGUAUGAUAGUGUGAUCGUUUAAAAUUGUAAAUUAUAUACAAAUUUUAAUAAACUAUGUUGUGUCUACAGUUUACAACUUAUAACAAAGACAAAAACAGCUUUGUUUUUUUAUUAAAGGGUUGACACCAUACUUUGUCGAUGGAACAAUACGAUGAGAUUGGUCAUAUUUUAACCGAAAAUAGUUUGCCUUGGAUACCAUGCGUUACGUGAAUAUAUUUUCAAAACGUGUGCAUGAGGUAUUGUAUUCAUUUGAAAAAUUUAAAAAUUAAUAUUUAAAACUCGGUCGUCUUUUUGUGUGGCCAUAUAUUGUUAAUUGUAAAUGUUAUCGUAUGCAUUUAUCUUUCCUAGUUUUAAAAGUAUAUUUUUUGAAGGAGAAAAUAUUAAAUUGGAGGAAAAUAUAGUAUUUCUAAACGCCUACAAAAUGAUUGUAUAGUGUUAGUAUAUACUCAGUCACUUUGAGAAUUUAAGUAUGUUAAUGAAAGAAAUGAUGCCAAAUAUUUUAAAAUAGAUAUUUAAAAUUAUUUUACUACUUUAUACAGUAAUUUCUUCCAAGCCAUUUUUGGCACCAACCCUGUAUGUAAGGUAUAUUUAUGCACACUAUUUAUUUAUUUAUUUAUUUUUCAUGCCCUGUUCGUAUUUUUUUCACAGAGAAAAUAUAAGGAUAUUAAUUUCCAUCCACCUAAAACAAUAUUUUCCGUUAUAGUUAUCAUUUUGUGCAAUAAUGAACCACAGUAUUACAAUGUUUACUGUGAAGGAAAUACUAGCAGGUUUUUUAAUGCUAAGGCUAGGAUUAGAAACAGAAAUGUAUAUAUAUUUUUUACACGAUUUUUAGUAAAUGUCGAGAAUGUAAAAGCAAUCUUGUAAAUAUGUUUUAAGCUGGUACUUUUUCGAAAUGAAAUUUCGCUCAUGUUUACAUUUGUAUCAAAAUGAUUAACUUCUGCUCAAUAGCAAUAUUUAAUAAUAGUUAAAAUUCAUAUCAAAAGUAAAAGUACCUGCUUAGAAAUGUGUUUUAAUUAUGAACAAUAUAAAUGACCGAUUCAUUUGUAUUUUCAAUAGUUAAUAUACUUUUUUAGUUUAGUAUUUAAGAACAAAUCGAUUAC